AAGCGGGUCGUUGGUCGGUCGGGAACGAGGCUCCGGCGGCCAGACCCGCGCAGAGCCGUUGCCAUGGCAGCCGCCGCCGGGGGCGCGGACGAGGAGCCGCGCUCGGGCCGCUCGAGUUCGGAGGGCGAGUGCGCCGUGGCGCCGGAGCCUCUGACAGGUCCCGAGGGCCUCUUUUCCUUCGCGGACUUCGGGUCCGCGCUGGGCGGCGGCGCGGACCUCCCGGGCCGGGCGUCCGGCGGGGCCCAGUCCCCGCUGCGCUACCUCCAUGUCCUGUGGCAGCAGGACGCGGAGCCCCGCGAUGAACUGCGUUGUAAGAUCCCCGCCGGCCGGCUGAGGCGCGCCGCCAGGCCCCACCGCCGGCUCGGGCCCACCGGCAAGGAGGUGCACGCUCUGAAGAGGCUGAGGGACUCGGCCAACGCCAAUGAUGUGGAAACAGUGCAGCAGCUUCUGGAAGAUGGCGCUGAUCCCUGUGCAGCUGACGACAAGGGCCGCACAGCUCUGCAUUUUGCCUCCUGCAAUGGCAAUGACCAGAUCGUGCAGCUGCUCCUGGACCAUGGGGCUGAUCCCAACCAGCGAGACGGGCUGGGGAACACGCCGCUACACCUGGCGGCCUGCACCAACCACGUCCCUGUCAUCACUACCCUGCUACGAGGAGGGGCCCGUGUGGAUGCCUUGGACCGAGCUGGCCGCACGCCCCUGCACCUGGCCAAGUCAAAGCUGAACAUCCUUCAGGAAGGCCACUCCCAGUGCCUGGAGGCCGUGCGGCUGGAGGUAAAGCAGAUCAUCCAGAUGCUGAGGGAGUACCUGGAGCGCCUGGGGCGGCACGAGCAGCGCGAACGGCUGGACGACCUCUGCACCCGCCUCCAGAUGACGAGCACCAAAGAGCAGGUGGAUGAAGUGACCGACCUCCUGGCCAGCUUCACAUCCCUCAGCUUGCAAAUGCAGAACAUGGAGAAGAGGUAGCUAGAGAGGCUCCCCGCCGUCCCGCUCAGCUGCUGCCUGCCCCUGCCCGCACCGCUCUCUCAGUACCAAGAAAAAGCCCAACGCCUGGGACUUUGGAGCUGCACUUCUGUGGUGAGGCCCUCGCGCCCAGAUGCUCCGGGCCACAGAUGCUCUCGCCGACCGCAGAGCCACUCCCAGCCACGGCCUCUACCAUCUCCGUGGGCCGGGACCACAGCCCCCAGCUUCUUCCUCUGCUCCCACAGCACUGCAGCCGCUCAGGGCCGGCCCACGUGCACCGGCCCAGCCAGCCCCACCUGUCUCGCGGCCUCCCCGGCCCCCUCAGCCAGCCCCAGACCCUUCUCUACGUCCCUUUCCCGGCCAGGGGCUUGUUGUGGCCAGCAGCGUGUGGGCUGAAGGCGGGCAUCCUCGGGGGCAUCUUGGCUGGCCCCGCGCCCCUCCCCAGCACUUAGACUGAGGCUUGUCACCUGCCUUUCGAGGAGACGUCGCAGUGAGUUUCUCCGGGCGGAACGGAGGGUUGCUGAAGCCAAGACCUCAGAAACACAGGGUUAGGAAGGACCCUGCGGAACCCAACGCAGAAAAGGCCCAGACUCUUUUGCCCAGUCGUUAAAAUACCGGGAGGGAGGGCGAGGCAGGCCAUUCUGAAGCCUAGUUGUAGGCUGAAUAGUACCCCCCCCGCCACCCCCUGCCGCAGAUGUCCCUGUUCUUACCCCAGGAACCUGUGAACAUUAUUGGGCAAAAGGGACUUUGCAGGUGUAAUUACAUAAAUGAUCUGUGGACCAGGAGACUCUCUGGAUUACCCCGGGGGCUUCACGUAGUCACAGGCAUCCUGAUGGGAGGAAAGCAGGAGGUGAGAGCUGAGGACCCCAGGCACCCACAGAAGCUAGAAGAGGCAAGGAAAGGGAGGCUCCCUUCAGAGCUUCCUGAGGGAACCAGCCCGGCUGACACUUUGACUUUAGCCCAGUGAGACUGAUCUUAGAAUUCUGACCGCCAGAACUGUAAGAGAAUAAAUAUGUGUCG